GACUGCCCAGGAAGUUUAUUUAGCCUCACUGCUAAUGAAUGUGAGGAUCUGGAAAUCACAGGAUCUGCUGCUACUUAACACAAAAAUGGUUUUUCAACUCUUUCUCCGUUUUGUCCACAAUCUUUCUACUGUUGCAGUAGUUUUCCGAUCUGUGAUACACCGGAUUCCAGGUCCAUCAUUUGUCCAGUCCUGGUAGUUAGAGGUGGAGUCAAGUCUACUUACCCAGCACAGGAACUGAGGCAGAGGAGGUGCCUCACCAGAGGAAAAUCCUAGAGUUUUGAAGAAGUACAUAGAAAAUAGUCCUCAGACGAAAGCGAUCUUCAGUAAGCAGGAAAGUCUUCCAUAUAUUGCACCAUUACUGACCACAGCAGAGGAGACUCCACAGGUCAUCUCUGCUCAAGUCCGAGGACAUUUUCCUAAGUGGCUCAAUGGAUCUCUACUUCGAAUUGGACCUGGGAAAUUUGAAUUUGGCAAGGACAAGUACAAUCACUGGUUUGAUGGAAUGGCUUUGCUUCACCAGUUUAGGAUAGAGAAGGGUGCAGUGACAUAUAAGAGCAAGUUUCUACAGAGUGAUACAUAUAAGGCCAACACUGCUCAUAAUCGAAUUGUGAUCUCAGAAUUUGGCACACUGGCUCUCCCUGAUCCAUGCAGGAAUAUUUUUGAACGUUUCAUGUCCAAGUUUGAGCUGCCUGCAAUAACCGACAACACGAAUGUCAACUAUGUGCGGUACAAGGGGGAUUAUUAUGCUAGUACUGAGACCAACUUUAUGAAUAAAUUGGACAUUGAAACUCUGGAGAAGACAGAAAAGGUAGACUGGAGCAAAUUCAUUGCUGUGAAUGGAGCCACUGCACAUCCUCAUUAUGACCCAGAUGGAACAGCAUACAACAUGGGGAACUCCUAUGGACCACAUGGCUCUUGCUAUAAUAUUAUUCAAGUUCCUCCAGAGAAGGUGGACCUUGGGGAUACAAUCCAAGGAGCCCAGGUGAUAUGUUCUAUUGCUUCUACAGAGAGUUUGAAACCUUCUUACUACCAUAGCUUUGGAAUGACAAAGAACUAUAUAAUCUUCAUUGAACAACCUGUAAAGAUGAACCUGAGGAAAAUCAUCACUUCUAAAAUUCGGGGGAAGGCCUUUUCUGAUGGAAUAAGCUGGGAACCCCAGUACAAUACACGGUUCCAUGUGGUGGAUAAGCACACUGGACAGCUUCUUCCAGGAAUGUACUACACUAAACCUUUUGUUACUUUUCAUCAAAUCAAUGCUUUUGAGGACCAGGGCUGUGUUAUCAUUGACUUGUGCUGUCAAGAUAAUGGAAGAAACCUAGACGUUUACCAACUACAGAAUCUUAGGAAAGCUGGGAAGGAGCUUGAUCAGGUCUAUGAAUCAAUGGCCAGAUCUUUCCCUCGGAGGUUUGUUUUGCCCUUACAUGUCAGUCUGAAUGCCCCUGAGGGGGAGAACCUCAACCCACUGUCCUAUUCUUCAGCCAGUGCCGUGAAGCAGGCUGAUGGCAAGAUUUGGUGCUCUUAUGAAAAUCUACAUCCUGAAAACUUAGAAGAGGAAGGAGGUAUUGAAUUUCCUCAGAUCAACUAUGGUCAAUUCAGUGGCAAAAAGUAUCAUUUCUUCUAUGGCUGUGGCUUUCGGCACUUGGUGGGGGAUUCUCUGAUCAAGGUUGACGUGGUGAACAAGACACUGAUGGUUUGGAGAGAAGAUGGCUUUUAUCCUUCAGAACCUGUUUUUGUUCCAGUACCAGGGACCAGUGAAGAAGAUGGUGGGGUUCUUCUUUCUGUGGUGAUAACCCCCAACCAGAAUAAAAGCAAUUUCCUCCUAGCCUUGGAUGCCAAGAACUUUGACGAACUGGGCCGAGCAGAGGUGCCUGUGAAAAUGCCUUAUGGGUUUCAUGGCACCUUCGUCACCAUGUGAUGGAAGAAGCAUAGGGUUUGGAACUAGGUUUAAAAUGCAUGUGCUCUGUACAAAAGAGAGAUCAAAAAGGCCACCUUAUCUUCCAAACCAUAAACAACUGGUUUUUAAGUUUCAGUUUUUAAAUUUCAGUUAAAAAGAAUACAGGAGAUAAUUAUGGCUUUAUAUUUCUUAGGACUUUUCCUUGGAGACAUUAAACAAGUGUUGA